AUGGAAAAGUUUCCAAAGAUUGCAUGCUAUGCAUUAUUUCUUUUUCUGCUAUUAACCGUGGGGGUUAGAGGACGAUUCUUGCAUACAGAUGCUUCUGAGUUGAUAUCGGAUGGUGCUGAUGAUCUAGCUCAUGGUGAAGGAUCAUAUUUUUUUCACCUCAAAGGAAUUGAUUCUACAGAAGAGCAUUGUGAGCAAAUGUAUGGGUUUCUACCAUGCUCAGAAAAUUCGUUAGGCCAUUUCUUCCUCAUUAUAGUUUAUGAGUACCUGUUGUAUCAUGGAGAAUGCUAUGUUUCUUCGGGAGGUAAACGGAUUUUCAAGAUUCUUGGUCCUGGUGUCUUUGGUGCAAGUGCUUUUCAGGUCCUUGGUUUUCUUCCAGAAUCCUUAAUAUUACUCGUCUCUGGUCUUUUUAACACUAAAGAGGUAGCUCAAGAGUAUGUCUUGACUGGAGUUGGCUUGCUAGCUGGAUCGACCAUAUUUUUGCUCACGUUACUAUGGGGAACUUGUGUCAUUGUUGGCAGGCAAGACUUUUCCGCAGAAUAUGGUUCCAGUACUUCAUUGGCUUCUAACCAAAUACCUCACAAGAAUUCCUUUCAAUUUCUUACUGGUUCAGGUGUAACUACCGACCCAGAGACAAGUUCAACAGCAAGAAUUAUGCUACUUUCACUUAUACCGUUCUUGUUUCUCCUGAUCCCGAAAGUUUUUGGCAUGGAUUAUGCUACUCAUGGAUACAUCUUUAUAAUCACACUUCUUGUUUCUGUUACAUUCUUGCUGGUAUACUUUAUUUAUCAGAUGUUCGAGCCCUCAAUCCAAAAGAGACGAUUGUCAUACGUCAAACAUGAACAUUUAGUUGUAGACAUUCUAAAGCAUUUGCAAGAACACACUGCAGAAAAAAUACUCACAGAUGAUGGUUUAGCAAACCUACCUGCUAUAAAAAGUUUGUUUACGAAGAUUGACCAUGAUGGAGAUGCGUACAUAUCAUUUCCUGAGCUCAAAGAACUUCUCCAAGAUAUUAAAUUUAGGCAGUUAACUUGGGGCAAGGAGCAAACAAUUGAACAAGUGAUGAAAGAAUUUGACUUUGAUGGUGACACAAAAGUAACUGUGGAUGAGUUCACCGAUAGAUUCACAAAGUGGCUUGACGAGACUAAGAAUGCUGUGAAUAAACCAUAUCGCUCAGUUAGUUCUUGGAAGGACUUAUAUCAGAUUGUCCAACCAUGGGUUCAAACAAAAAAGAAAGAACAAGACAUGAUGAAAGUCCUAGUAUCAGAAAUUGUUGAGCAUGCAAAAAACUCACCUAUUGGGAAGUUUUAUAAAGAAGACGGAACACCAAAUGUAUCUGCCAUAAGAAGAUUAUUUAAGAGCUUAGAUGUCAACAACGAUAAUGCUAUAUCAUUAUCCGAAUUGAAAAACCUUAUGAUGGACAUCGAUUUUGGGGAGACAUCUUGGAAUGUGGAUGAAGCAACAUCUCAUAUUAUGGAAGAUCUAGACAAAAGUGGAGAUAAACUGAUCGAUGAAAAGGAAUUCAUUGAUGGAUUUAAAGAUUUGCUCAACAAGUCCAGUGAACAACUGACCACCCCCGAGACACCUAGGCCUGAAGAUGUAUACCAGAAACCCUGGGAGAAAUGGGCAAGCGAUGAUGUGGAUAAAUCUGUAUGGGCAUGGACACAGGCUAUAAUGUUAUUGGUGCUUGGUAUAGCUAUGUUAGCCCUUCUGGCUGAACCGCUCAUACACAGUGUGCAGAAAGUCUCUAACUCAGCAACCAUACCAUCAUUUUUUGUAUCAUUUGUGUUAGUUCCCUUGGCUACAAAUGCUAGAGCAGCUGUCUCUGCAAUCCAAACUGCAAGUCAAAGGAAAGAAAGAACUACUUCGCUGACUUUUUCUGAGAUAUAUGAUGGGGUGUUCAUGAACAAUGUUCUUUGUUUUUCUGUUCUCCUGGCAGUUGUAUACUUCCGUGGAUUAGUAUGGCAUUUCACCGCCGAAUUGUUGAGUGUGUUCAUUGUUUGUGUGAUCAUGGGCACUGCAGCCGGAUUUCGAUCAAAGUUCCCUGUUUGGACAUCGAUGGUCUCAUACCUUCUUUAUCCCUUAUCAUUGAUUUUUGUGCAUGUUUUUGCUGAGUUUUGAUAGAAAGAAAGGAAAGGGAGAUUUAUAUUGGUUGUAUAAAAUGGAACUGGUGUAUAAAGUUUAUUUUUCUAUGUACAUAAAGAAUACUCAAAGUUUGAAAA